GUUUUUCUGAACUAUUACAACCUGCUUUUCCUUUUGUUAAAAACAGCAUUUGCCUAAUGAGCAAGGUGGCGAGGUCAUCAAGUGAGUCGGAGGAGCAGCUCUGGAAAACAGAAGAGGAUGACAUGAUAGAAGGUGAUUUAGGGUAUGGCCUCGGAAGAAGACCUGGUGGUAUUUAUGAGGUGGAAGUUUCACAUUUAUUUAGGUCAAGGAAAAGAUCAGAUGGAAGGAGCUUUAGCCCUCCCCCGUUUCCGAGAAAGGGAGAAGAAAGAAGCGGAGCUAUUUUUCAAUAUUCCAAGCAGAAGAGCUUGCAAGAUACAUACCCUGGAGGGUCCAGAAUUUCCAGUUACAGGCGACAAAGUAGCACUGAUUCUAAUUCAGAAUUGUCAAAUGAAGAGUUAAGGCAGCAUCUUCAUGAAACUUUAGAGGAGGUAGAGAUUUUAAAAACUGAACUUGAGGCAUCUCAAAGACAACUUGAAGGUAAAGAGGCAGCAUUGAAAAUUCUUCAAAGCAUGGCAAUACUUGGCAAAGCCACAAGUCACACCCAGGCAGUACUGCAAAAAACUGUGGAACAGAAGAGAUCGCUGGAGAAGGAAAUAAAUGUCUUGCAGUGGGAAAUGGAAUUUGAUCAGAAUAGAUUUAAAAAUAUAGAGGAAUCUUGGACUCAGAAAUAUGACAGACUAAACUGUGAAAAUGCAAUCCUCAAAGAGAAUUUGAAACUGAAAACAGAAGAAAUUAAAAUGUUAAAGUCUGAAAACACAGUUUUGAAUCAACAAUAUUUGGAGGCCCUCGCCAUGCUCGAUAUCAAACAGCAGAAGAUGGCUCAGGAAGGCAUGUGCCACAAUCAAAGCAGCUUUGCAGAAGCUUCAGGUCUUGAGCUCGCCGUCCUCGGAGCCUGCCUUUGCCACGGGCCUGGAGGGAGCCCCUGUUCUUGUGCCAGAAUGGCGGCGUCCACGCGGAAACUGCUUCUCCAGCUCAAACAAGAGCUGGAAGUUUUGCAGAAGAGUAAAGAGGAGGCUUACAUGAUGGCAGAUGCAUUCAGAACUGCAUUUGAGCAACAGCUAAUGAGGAAAAAUGACCAGACACUGAGUCUGACACAAGUGGAUAAAACGUGUAAAAAUGCAACAAAACGGACAAAUUGGAAGCACCUUAAAGAGGACGGUAACUAUGAAUUAUAAUGGCAACAGUCAUAUGUAAUUUUAACCAUUUUGGGGUAUAAUCAAAGUUGGCAAGGCACAAUUAAUUCAGUGUGGUAGAAAAACUGAAAUUUCACAUAUGGUUGUGAUUUAUUUAAAAAUUUAGCAGCUCCAUUGCCUUACUAGACUCUGGUGUGGCUGUGUGCUCUUUGAGCUAUGGCCAUUGCCAUGUUCCUUGGCUUUGCCCCCUCCCCUACCAUGGGGAGGUGAAUCACCUCUUUCUCUCUCAUUUACUUUUUGUU